AUGGCCAAGGAAAAAAUUGAGGGAUGCCACGUCUGUACCCUGGUGACCCCCGGGGAGCCCCAGGUGCUGUUGGGGAAGGACAAGGCCUUCACUUAUGAUUUUGUGUUUGACAUGGACGCCCAGCAGCAUCAGAUCUACAACGCCUGUGUUCAGAAGCUGAUCGAGGGCUGUUUCGAAGGAUACAACGCCACCGUCUUUGCCUACGGACAGACGGGGUCAGGGAAGACGUACACCAUGGGGACGGGCUUUGACGUGACUGUGUGUGAGGAGGAGCAGGGCAUUAUCCCACGGGCGGUUCGCCAGCUCUUCCAGGGCAUACAGAGAAGACAGCAGGAGGCGCAGGAAGCAGGCACGCAUCCACCCGAAUUUAAAGUCAGCGCUCAGUUCUUAGAGCUCUACAAUGAGGAAAUCCUGGACCUGUUUGACACAGCACGCGACCCCGACGCUCGAGGCAGGAAAUCGAACAUCAAGAUCCACGAGGACAGUAGCGGUGGCAUCUACACCACGGGAGUCACUUCACGACUGGUCAGCUCAGAAGAGGAGUUGCUUCAGUGUCUGAAGUUGGGAGCUUUGUCCCGUACCACUGCCAGCACACAGAUGAACGCUCAGAGCUCUCGCUCCCAUGCCAUCUUCACCAUCCACCUCUGCCAGAUGAGGGUGUGCCAACAGCCACAACUGGUGAAUGGCACCGUAGAGGUGAAUGGAGUGGGUGAAGAACCUAUCUCACAGCCGGAAUAUGAAACACUGACCGCCAAGUUUCACUUUGUGGACCUGGCCGGCUCAGAGCGACUGAAACGCACUGGAGCCACCGGGGAGCGAGCUAGAGAAGGCAUCUCCAUCAACUGUGGCCUGCUGGCUCUGGGUAAUGUGAUUAGCGCAUUGGGAGAUCAGAGUAAGAAAGGUGGUCACGUGCCUUACAGAGACUCCAAACUCACUCGUCUGCUGCAAGAUUCGCUCGGAGGCAACAGCCGCACAGUGAUGAUAGCCUGCGUUAGCCCCUCGGACCGCGAUUUCAUGGAGACCUUAAACACACUGAAGUACGCCAACCGUGCUCGCAACAUCAAGAACAAAGUGGUGGUGAACCAGGACAAGACCAGUCAGCAGAUCAGUGCCCUGCGGGCAGAGAUAGCUCGUCUGCAGAUGGAGCUGAUGGAGUACAAAGCAGGGAAGCGUGUGGCCUGUGAAGAUGGGUCAGAGGGUUUCAGUGAUCUUUUCCAGGAGAACUCCAUGCUCCAGAAGGAGAAUGAAACACUGCGCAUGCGUGUUAAGGCCAUGCAGGAGACAAUCGACCACCUUAACACCAGAGUCACUCAACUUCUCACUAACGAAGUCAACCUUCUGCUGGCCAAGACAGGUGAGAGUAACGAGGAGAUUGGUAUACUUAUCCAAAACUACAUCAGAGAGAUCGAAGAACUCAGAUCUAAGCUCCUGGAGAGUGAGGCCAUGAACGAGUCUCUUCGGCGUAGUGUGUCUCGGCUGUCUGCUAGACCUCCGUACCCCGCCUCCCAUGGCUCGCCCGCUGGACUCCCCUUGGCCUCCUCCCCCUCCAUCUCCAGGGAGGCGGAGAUGUCAGACCUCAUCCGGCAGGCUAAGCAGGACAUUGAAAGACUUAAGAAGAAGGAGAGAAACCAGCGGAGAAAAAGUCCGGACAAAGAAAAGGGUUUGAAGAAGAGAGCCAAGCUCCAUACACAGGAGAACGGAGGGAACAGAGAAGAUGAGAUGAACAGAGAGAAUGGAGAGAGCAGGGGGACCGGGGAUGGAGAUUCUGAUGAUAACAACGCCGAGGAAGAGAGUGGUUGUGAUGAAGAUGAAGAGGAUGAGGAAGAGGAGACCAGAGAGGACGAAGAGUUUGACAGCGACGAGAGCCUGGUGGACUCGGACUCGGACUCAGAUGAAAAGGCUAACUUCCAGGUGGACCUUGCCGAGCUGACCUGCGAGAUCGAGAUCAAACAGAAGCUGAUAGAUGAACUGGAGAACAGCCAGCGCAGGUUACUGACGCUCAAGCUCCAGUACGAGGAGAAACUGAUCCUGCUGCAGAAUAAGAUCAGAGACACACAGCUGGAGAGAGACCGCGUACUGCACAACCUCAUGUCUAUGGAGAAUUACACCGAGGAGAAGGCCAGUAAGAUCAAAUCCGAUUACGAGAAACGUCUGAAGGAGAUGAACAGGGACCUCCUCAAACUGCAGGCUGCACAGAAGGAGCAUGCGCGCCUGCUGAAGAACCAGGGCCGCUAUGAGAGAGAGCUAAAAAAACUGCAGGCAGAAGUGACCGAGAUGAAGAAGGCCAAGGUGGCAUUAAUGAAGCAGAUGAAGGAGGAACAGCAGCGGCGGAGAAUGAUUGAGGCCAAGAGGAACAGAGAGAUCGCUCAGCUCAAAAAAGAGCAGCGUCGACAGGAGUAUCAGAUCCGUGCUCUGGAGUCCCAGAAGCGACAGCAGGAGAUAGUCCUCAGGAGAAAGACUCAGGAGGUGACCGCCCUGCGACGGCUGGCCAAGCCCAUGUCCGAGCGCGUGGCCGGUCGCGUGCCUCGCCGUCUUCACACCGUGGACUCUGGAUCCGAAAUCUUGCCCGGCAGCGCCACUUCCUCCGAGCCUGACUCGGCCCGGUCCGUUUCCAGCAUCGUACGCCAGUGGAACACGAAGCUCAACGGAUACCUGGGUGAAGGUGAAAGCAGCCUUAACGGAGGACGAGUAGCCAGUAGCAGGAAGAAGUUUCAGAGAAAGGGGGUUGGCAGCAGCUUUGCCAAAACGGCCCGUCAGAAGUGGCAGGCACUGGAGAGGAGGAUCAUGGAUAUCGUGAUGCAGAGAAUGACCAUCAGUAACGUAGAGGCCGACAUGGAUCGACUCAUAAAGAAACGGGAGGAGCUGUCCGUCCAGCAGGAGGUGUUGCUGAGGAAACGAGAGAAGCUGUCGAGCGAGGGGGGGACCGGGGAAGAGGAGGGUGAGCGUGUUCUGCAGGAAAUGAAUGAAGAGAUUGAAGUGCUGAACGCGAACAUCGACUAUAUCAAUGACAGCCUGUCUGACUGCCAGGCCACCAUCGUACAGAUCGAGGAAACCAAGGAUGAACUGGACUCAGUGGACACCUCAGUGGUCAUCAGCUCCUGUUCACUGGCUGAGGCACGACACCUCCUGGACCAUUUCCUGAAGGCCUCAAUCGACAAGGGGCUUCAAGUAGCCCAGAAAGAGGCUCAGAUUCGCCUGCUGGAGGGCCAGCUCCGUCAGACCGACAUGAUUGGCUCUGCUCAGAACCAUGUGAUCCUUGAUGCGUUGCGAGAGAAGGCGGAAUGCAUCCCUGAGUUACAGGCUCUCAUUCACAAUGUUCAGCAGGAGAAUGGCUAUGUUAGCACGGAUGAAGAGGCGUCAGAGUUCAGCCAGGCUUCUGAGAUCAGGUGAUCCCAAAUGAAAGCCUCAGCAAGCCAAGAUGACUUCAAACUGAAGGCAGAGCCACGACUCUCUGGGCAGAUGAAGGCCAUAUCUGCAGAGUACCUGGGUCCCAUCUUAGACUCCACCACAAAGAACAUCACCAAGUCUCUGGCCUCCCUUACGGAGAUCCACGAAAACAGCCUGGGCUUCUCCCUCAGAGAGCCCUACUCCAGGGACAGAGUCUCUCGAACCAUCAGCCUUCCUGUCAGAGGACACACGUUUCCCAGACAGUCUAGGGGAUCUGAUACAUCUCCUUUGACCAGAAGACAGUCAUAUGACAGAGUCCAGCCAUAUAGGCCUCAGGAUGUGAUUUAUACCCCGCCCUCUUCUCCUCCGCUACGACCCCGCAAUGACCGCAACGUUUUCUCUCGCCUCACCAGCAAUCAGAGCCAGGGCUCCGCGCUCGACAAGUCGGAUGACAGCGACUCCUCUCUCUCGGAGGUGCUCAGGGGUGUGAUAAGUCCCACGGGGGGGCUGAAGGGGGGGCGCACCGCUCCUCUGCAGUGUGUGGCUGUGGCAGAGGGUCACUCCAAACCCGUGCUUUGUCUCGACGCCACAGACGAACUGCUCUUUACCGGAUCCAAAGAUCGAACCUGCAAGAUGUGGAACCUGGUAACGGGCCAGGAGAUUGUCACACUCAAAGGACACCCCAACAACGUAGUAUCUGUUAAAUACUGCAGCAGCUCUUGUUUGGUCUUCACCGUCUCCACCUCCUACAUCAAAGUGUGGGACAUCCGCGACUCAGCCAAAUGUGUGCGCACCCUCACGUCCUCUGGACAGGUGGUGUCAGGUGAUGCUUGUGCUGGUACCACCACCCGUACCAUCACCACAGCGCAGGGUGAAUACCAGAUCAACCAGAUUGCCUUGAAUCCCUCCGGCUCUGUGCUUUACGCUGCCGCUGGCAACACCGUCAGAACAUGGGACCUGAACAGGAUGCAAGCCACGGGCAAGCUGACGGGCCACAUCGGAUCGGUUAUGUGCCUUACGGUGGGCCAUUCUGCAGGAGGCAAAGACCAGGUCAUCACGGGGUCAAAGGAUCACUAUGUGAAGGUGUUUGAUGUGGCGGAGGGCGCCCAGGGGAACAUCGGCCCUGCUCAUAACUUUGAACCACCUCAUUAUGAUGGCAUUGAGUGCCUGGCCAUCCAAGGCGACGUCCUUUUUAGCGGUUCCCGUGACAACGGCAUUAAGAAAUGGGAUCUGGAACAGCAGGAACUGAUCCAGCAAAUCCCCAAUGCACACAAAGACUGGGUUUGUGCCCUGGCCUACGUACCUGGUCGGCCCAUGCUGCUGAGCGCGUGCAGGGGGGGCAUGCUCAAAGUGUGGAACGUGGACAACUUUACCCCCAUCGGAGAGAUCAAAGGUCACGACAGUCCCAUUAAUGCCAUCUGCACCAACUCGAAACAGAUCUUCACUGCCUCCAGUGAUUGCCGGGUGAAGUUGUGGAGUUAUGUUCCUGGGCUCACCCCCUGUCUGCCCCGCCGAGUCUUGGCCAUCAAGGGCAGGGCCACCAGCCUCCCAUGA